AUGGCUGAACUACUGGGGCUGGGUUGUUCUCACGGCCCAAUCAUCCUGACGCCGCCUGAGGUAUGGUCCAAGGGCAGAGAGCGGAUAUUUGCCCGCGUACCAGGCUACGAGCCUCCGGCCCGCCUCCUGGACGAACUUGGAGAGGACAACGGACUGAGCCAGGACAUCAGCGACCAGCAGAAAGUCGUCGAUUCGUUCAGCGUACUGCGCGACCGUCUGCACGAAUGGGAACCGGAUGUGCUCAUGGUUAUUGGCGAUGACCAGGCUGAGAACUUCCUGCAGGACAACCUUCCUCCCUUCUGCCUGUACACCGGCGCCGCAGUCGACGGUUACCCCUUUCAAAGGCCGGCGGCCCGGACCAACCUGUGGAACUCCGCUCCGGAGACGAAGUUCACGUUCCAGUGCCCAAAGGAGUUUUCCCGGGAUCUGCGCAACCACCUGAUCCGGGACGGCUUCGAUAUGGCGUCAUCCAGCGCUCUGAAAGGUUGGGACUGGGGCCUGGCCCACGCCAUCAUCAACCCGCUGGUGUUCCUGGAUCCUGAAGGCAAGUUCCCCCUGCUGCCCCUGUUCGUCAACUGCUACGGCGAAGAGGCCGGACCCGACUACCCGCCGCGGCCCACGCCCAAACGAUGCUACCAACUGGGGCAGGGGAUACGAAAGUUCCUGGACACCCGGGACGAGCGGGUCGCCGUGGUGGCGUCUUCGAGUUGGUCGCACAGUUUCCUGGCCCACAAGUUCCAGUGCCGGUCGAUAGACAUCGACACGGACCGCCGCUAUCUCGAACUGGUGCGGGCUGGCAAGGGGAGCAAAUUGGCGGAGCUCACUCCAGAGGAGAUUCAAGAUUCGGGAGACCAUGAGAUACUGAACUGGAUUAUCGCGCUGGGAAUACUCGGCGACGUUCCCGCGAACAUCGUCGACGUGCGGGAGUCCCACACGCAACUGGCAUACCGCGUAGCGGCAAUCUGGGACUGAAAGUUUUUACGGCGGUACUGCAUAGGCUACAUUCCGCCGCAUCGGAGCCCGUUUCCGGUGCGGCGGUUAGUUUGGCCGGUAUUUGAAGGGAGAGGGGUCAGAUCAUGGUUACAGUGCUGGAGCCACGAACCC